GGAGAGGCGGUGGACGCAGGUGUUUUAGCACUUUCGGGUCAAUUCAUGCUCUCUCGAUUUUAGCUGGAAUGAUAUUUUCCAGAUAAAAGGGAUUUGUUUGUAAAUAACAGUCAUGUGCUGCACGGAUUCCUGCUGCCGUCCAGUUAAAACUACAAACCCACCCAGAGCACUGGGGAUUUGAGUCGCUUCGACUAGCCUAGGGACAACUAACUGUAAAGGAAAUGUCGAGCGUCGACUAUUUUAGGUUUCUAUACAAAUCGCGAUCAAGCCAGUAAAUUGAAGCUGCUUUUAAAUAAUAUUGCAUUCAUUUGAUUGGUCGACCGACCCGCUGCAAGUUUGAGUUCUCUGGCCGACGAUGUGCUCAAUUGUAACGUUUAACUUGUUACAUUGUGCUAUUCUAACCUAAUUUACAUUAGUAUCAGUAGCGCCACGUGAAUGUUUAUUGAUACAUGAUCAACUCGUCAUUUCUUCUAAGGUAGACCCUCUGGAUUUUACGCUAAACUGUUCAAUAGAACAUAAUUGAUGGACAUAGUUCUUCCUGCUUUACAUCCGGGUUGAAAGAAGGGACUACAUUUUCUUCCAAUGACAUCAUUAUGUCCCCUUCAUUGGUUAUUGAUCCAGUAGUUGACUGUAAAUAAGCAUCCAAAGGCACCACUCUAUCCACAUUCUCUGACUAGGCUACACCACAUUUUUGAAAAGCAAGUGCAGUUCACUAGAACUUUGCACAGCCCUUUGGCACUUUCCAUGUUUUGCUGUGCCCUGGUAGACUAGAUAACAGAGAGAGAACAUGGAAGAUGAGAUGUUUGAGCAGCUCAUGUAUGUCCUGAACCAACUGGUGACAUGGAUCACUGCGGGGGCCAUGGUGUUUGGUGGAGUGGUACCUCACAUCCCCCAGUACAGGGACAUCAGACAGACACAGAAAGCAGAGGGAUUCUCCACCUAUGUCUGCCUCGUCCUACUGGUGGCCAAUAUUCUAUGUAUACUGUUCAGGUUUGGGCGCUACUUUGAGACACCACUCCUGUGGCAGAGCAUCGUCAUGAUUGCCACCAUGUUGAUCAUGCUCAACCUGUGUACCAACGUCCGCGUGGCCACCGAACUCCAGACUAAGAAACGUUCAUUCACAGACUUUGAAUGGAGCCACUUCUGGUCGUGGAGUCGUUUCGUGGACUACAUGCAGUGUGUGGUGGCGUUCACCCUGCUGGCGGCCUACAUCACCUACCUGCUGCUGGACUCGUCUGUGUUCGUAGAAACCCUGGGCUUCCUGGCUGUCUUCGCUGAGGCCAUGCUGGGGACGCCGCAGCUCUACUGUAACUACCAGAACAAGAGUACUGAGGGGAUGAGCUCCAGGUAGGACCGAGAGAAUGUGUGGAAGAUGGAGGUGACGGGGAACGCCAUGAGGAGUAUCCCACUGAGGAUGCUGCUGAGCGCCACCACCUGACCCGGGAUGCUACGCGGCACCAUGUCCCCGUACCCCACCGUUGUCAUGGAGAUCACCGCCCACCAGUAGGUGCCAGGGAUGCUGGUGAAGUCGUACUUGGCGCCCAUCUCGCUCUCCGCCAGGAACACCAGCGGGGAGAACAGUGCCAUGGCAACACACAGGAACAGGAGGAGCAGGCCGAACUCGCGGGUGCAGCGUCGGAUCGUCAGGCCUAAGGUCUGCAGCCCCAGGGAGUGGCGCGCCAGACGCAUCACGUAGAAGAUCCUCAAGGCCCGGAGUACCCGCAGCACCAGGCCCACCUUCUCCAGGUAGUUGUUCCCGCCGCUGGGCUUCUCCCCUCCCUCAGACAGAGAGUCUACGAUCACAGUGAUGUAGUAGGGGAGGAUGGCCACCACGUCGAUGAUGUUGAGAGGCGUCUUCAGGAACACACACUUACUCGGCGUCUGGAUGAAGCGCAGCAAGAACUCCAGAGAGAACCAGGCCACACACACCGUCUCCAGGACAAAGAUAUUGUAGCACCUCUGAGAACACUCACCCUGGAAGACAGAGGAAACAGUGUGAAGAAAAACUCACAGUAGAAGAGUGAACACACAGUGUUAAGGGUUAACAGUGUUAAGGCGAGCAACAAUUAUAAUGCAAGACAUUGGUAGGAAAUGACAAUACAUUCACUAUUAUAAAACAUUCUGGAUAACUGUUUCCUAAUCACACAAGUUGUCAGUUGUUCCUAUCCGGCUUGAAGGACCAGUUCAACAGCCACCAGUGGCGUCAGACUCCUCUACACCAGCA